AUGCACAAGACGCGCAAGGCCGUUUCCCUGCUGCGGGCCUCUGGCGGCGCCGCAGCGACGACUGCCGGCGCCUCGUCGUCUUUUAUCUCGACGCCCUCCUCGGCACGGUCCUUUGCCACGACGUCGUGCAGCCGCACCACGACGGCCUCAACGACGCGGACGGCUGGCCACAGGCGGCCUACCACAGUCCCACUGGACAGACCGUCCAAGCAGCGGCAAUGGUUCAGCAACUCGUCGAAUCUGCGGGCCCUCAGUGCGGCACAGGCCGCAAUCAAGGCUGCCCAGGAUGCCGCCGCCAACAUGACGGCCGAGUCCGUGGCCGCCAACAUGAGCCCCGAAGAGGCCAAGCGGUUAUCGAGGGUGCGCAACAUUGGCAUUGCGGCGCACAUUGACAGCGGCAAGACGACGGUGACGGAGCGCGUGCUGUUCUACACGGGCCGCAUCAAGGCGAUCCACGAGGUGCGCGGCCGCGACUCGGUCGGCGCCAAGAUGGACUCGAUGGAGCUGGAGCGCGAGCGCGGCAUCACCAUCCAGUCGGCCGCGACCUUUUGCGACUGGGUCAAGAAGAACGAGGCGUCGGGCGAGGACGAGACGUACCACAUCAACCUGAUCGACACGCCGGGCCACAUUGACUUUACCAUUGAGGUCGAGCGCGCGCUGCGCGUGCUGGACGGCGCCGUCAUGAUCCUGUGCGCCGUCAGCGGCGUGCAGAGCCAGACGAUCACGGUGGACCGCCAGAUGAAGCGCUACAACGUGCCGCGGCUGAGCUUCGUCAACAAGAUGGACCGCAUGGGCGCGAACCCGUGGAAGGCCGUCGAGGGCAUCAACAAGAAGCUCAAGAUCGCCGCCGCCGCCAUCCAGGUCCCCAUCGGCACGGAAAAGGAGUUUGAGGGCGUCGUCGACCUGAUCAACAUGCGCGCCAUCCGCAACGCGGGCCAGCGCGGCGUCAACCUCAAGAUCACCGACGAGAUCCCGGCCGACCUGGUCGAGCUGGCCCGCGAGAAGCGCCAGGAGCUGAUUGAGAAGCUGGCCGACGUCGACGACGAGAUGGCCGAGCUGUUCCUCGAGGAGCAGGACCCGACGCCCGCGCAGAUCAAGGCCGCCAUCCGCCGCGCCACCGUCGGCCUCAAGUUCACGCCCGUCCUGAUGGGCACGGCGCUCGGCGACAAGGCCGUCCAGCCCAUGCUGGACGCGGUGUGCGACUUCUUGCCCAACCCGGGCGAGGUGCAGAACCUGGCGCUGGACCGCGCGCAAAACGAGAAGCCCGUGUCGCUCAUCCCGUACAACUCGCUGCCGUUUGUGGGCCUGGCGUUCAAGCUCGAGGAGAACCCCUACGGCCAGCUGACGUACAUCCGCGUGUACCAGGGCUCGCUCAAGAAGGGCGCGCACCUCUUCAACUCGCGCUCCGGCAAGAAGGUGCGCAUCCCGCGCAUCGUGCGCAUGCACUCCAACGAGAUGGAGGACGUGACCGAGGUCGGCGCCGGCGAGAUCUGCGCCGUGUUCGGCGUCGAGUGCGCGUCCGGCGACACCUUUACGGACGGCCAGAUGCCCUACACCAUGACGUCCAUGUUCGUGCCGGACGCCGUCAUGUCGCUGUCCAUCCAGCCCAAGCGCUCGAGCGACGCCGACGCCUUCUCCAAGGCCAUGAACCGCUUCCAGCGCGAGGACCCGACGUUCCGCCUGCACGUCGACGACGAGUCGGAGCAGACCAUCAUCUCGGGCAUGGGCGAGCUGCACCUCGAAAUCUACGUCGAGCGCCUGCGCCGCGAGUACCGCGUCGACUGCGAGGUCGGCCAGCCGCGCGUCGCCUACCGCGAGACCGUGUCGCGCAAGGCCGAGUUCGACUACCUCUUCAAGCGCCAGUCGGGCGGCCCCGGCGACUAUGCGCGCGUCGUCGGCUGGAUCGAGCCCAACGAGGCGGACGCCGAGGCCAACUACUUUGAGCAGCGCGUCGCCGGCGGCACGAUCCCCGACAAGUUCCUGUCGGCCUGCGCCAAGGGCUUCGACAUUGCUUGCCAGCGCGGGCCCCAGGUCGGCCACAAGGUCAUCGGCACGUCCAUGAUCAUUGUCGACGGCGCCACGCACGUCACCGACUCGUCCGACCACGCCUUCAGCCUGGCCGCCCAGUUUGCCUUCCGCUCCGCCUUCAAGGACGCCGGCGGCCAGGUCCUCGAGCCGCUGAUGCGCACGACCAUCACCGCGCCCAGCGAGUUCCAGGGCAACAUCCUGAUGCUGAUCAACAAGCGCGGCACCGUCGUCGACACGGAGAUUGGCCCCGACGACUUCACGCUGCUGGCCGACUGCUCGCUCAACGCCAUGUUUGGCUUCAGCACCGACCUUCGCGCCGCCACGCAGGGCAAGGGCGAGUUCUCCAUGGAGUUCUCGCACUACGCGCCUGCGCCGCCCCACAUGCAGAAGGAACUUAUCGCCAAGCACCUCAAGGAGCUUGAAGAGAAGCGGAAACACUAG